GUCCUUUCCAGUCGACUUUCUGCGGCAAGUACAGAGUUUAGAUCCAGUGCUCUUCUGGACUGAUGCAGGAAUAAAAACGGCAAUCAGUCGCAAAUGUUAAACACAUAGUCGCCGUCUCAUAAGUUUAAAAAUAUUGCGAGUAAAUGGGAUUCAACGUCUUCCGAACAGAAUGUAAAGAAUUCCUAGAAGGAUGUGGAGAAUUAAAGGCUCGUGCGCUGCGCUGUUAUUGUUGUUUUUGGCUUAUAUCUCCGUGUCCUCGGUUAAUGCCGACAGUUUAUCUGCUCCACUCAAUGUGACCAUCAAAGCACUGCAGGGGAACUCAGCGAUAGUGACAUGGGACAUUCUGGAGGGAGACCCAGUCAUUGGGUUUGCCAUCACCCAGCAGAAAAAGGAUGUUCGUAUGCUGCGAUUCAUCCAGGAAGUGAACACCACCACUCGUUCAUGUGCAUUGUGGGACUUGGAGGAGGACACAGAAUACAUAGUCCAUGUGCAGUCCAUUAGCAUGAGCGGUACCAGCCCCCUGAGUGAACCUGUUCUGUUCCGCACUCCCAAAGAGUCAGAGAAACUGGCCUCCAAAAGCCCAGAUGAAGUGACCAUGGAGGAGGUUGGCCAGGGCGCCCAGCUCAGGGCUGGAGAGCUCAUUAUCAUCGUGGUGGUUCUUGUCAUGUGGGCAGGUGUGAUAGCACUGUUCUGUCGCCAGUAUGACAUCAUCAAAGACAACGAGCCCAACAAUAACAAGGACAAAGCCAAGAACUCGUCAGAGUGUAGUACCCCAGAGCACCCUACGGGGGGACUACUGCGCAGCAAGGUCUAAUUACGCCUUCCCCUGUGGCAAUAAUAGGCUUUAGCCUCAGGACAGUGCUCUGAGACAAAACAAGAAAGCCAUCAAAUCACAGAAGUUGUGAAGCCCACCUCUCAUCCUCAAUCAAAUAACCUUUUAGUAUUCCCAUUGACCAACAUGAACUCUUUGGUGCUUGUCUGUUUGGCACACUGACACAAACUUGAGGACGAAAUGGACAAGAUGGUUCCAGAACUGAAAACUUGAGCCGUUUGGAGCGAGCUGUUGAGUUUCGAUCCACAGCUGCCUCAGCUGAAAGACUCAACACCACUGUGAGCUGGAAAACCAGAGACGCUGCGCCACCAGGAGUGUCUUUGGCUCCUGUGUAGACUCACUGAGAUAAGGAGAAACCUGCCACCCUGCAUAAACCCGAAAUAAACCAGGAAGGUGCAUUGUGAAAAAGAGGCAAGAGCGUUUUUUUGAGCUCACCGCCAUUAUCAGCUCCGAACCAGGAGCAGGUCUCUGGCAAGGCUGACAUUACCAUAUUUCACUUCAAUAUCUCUCCAUCUCUUAUGUAUUCGGUUCCUUUAUUUUCACACUAACUCCAUUAUCCUCCCUCCAGCAGCCAAUCACAAACACUCUGGAUGAUUUGAUGUGGUUUAAUUGGUGCAGUGGGAUCUUUCUUCUCAGCACUCUCGCUCUCAGGGCAUUCAGGAAAACAUCCACAGGAAAAAAUGAUGGAUCACACUGGCCGUGUCACAUUCAUCCACCUGUGGCCCAAUCACAGCAAAUUGAUGAUGAAGAGCUCCAUAACAUAAUAGUGAUAGAAAAACUUAUUUAACCACUUGUGUGUUGAGUAAAUCAACAGCUUUCUGUCUCUAAUGAGCACAUUAAUGUACAGUGAUGGUCUGGUCCUCAUAUUACAUUCUUUAGCAUAUAUGUCACAAGUAUGGCUAUUUACUGCUUUUAUGUGAAGCUAUGAUAAAGAGCUGGGUGCCUUUUUUCUACAGGCUUUCUUUUAGAUUUCUUUCCCUUUAAACAGUUCAGCCUUAAAGUUGACAUGAAAUCAAAACUGACCUUAUAUUUACUUUCAUGCUACACUUUCCUAUUCUUAUUGGGAUUGAUUCCUCUGUUUUUUUGUUUUUUUUUUGCAAUCCAUUCAAUUCUUGAUUGAUAAUUCC